UGAAACAACCAAUCUUAUCAAAAUGUUCGCUAAAGUUUUAGCUAUUUGUGGUUUAGUGGCGAUGUGCCAGGCAGGUCUGCUGCCCGCCCCCGUGCACUACUCCUCCGCCGCCGCUGUCUCCUCGCAGAACAUCGUGCGUCACGACCAGCCUGCCCAGCACGUGGCUGUCGCUGCCCCUGUCGCCUACCAAGCUGCUCCCGCCAUCACCUACCAAGCUGCCCCUGCCGUCGCCUACAACGCUGCUCCUGCUCGUUACUCUUCAGCUGCUGCUGUUUCAUCUCAAAACAUUGUGCGUCACGACCAGCCUGCCCAACGAGUAGCCGUCACUGCCCCCGUCGCGUACCAAGCUGCUCCUGCUGUAGCUUACCAUGCUGCUCCUGCUCCUGUUGCCUACCACGCCGCGCCUGUCGCCCGCGUCGAAGAGUUCAAUGCUCACCCUCAGUACGAGUACAACUACUCAGUAGCUGACGGACACACCGGCGACAACAAGUCCCAGCAGGAGUCCCGCAAUGGCGACGUGGUGCGCGGCUCGUACUCCUUCCAUGAGGCCGAUGGCUCCGUCAGGACCGUGCAGUACUCCGUGGAUGACCACAGCGGCUUCAACGCGGUGGUGCACAACUCGGCGCCCACAGUCGCGCCUGCGCACUCCGCGCCCGCUCACUACUACCACCACUGAAGCAUCUCACUAGUCAUGUAUCGCGCUCACCAAAACCAUGUUCAUUAACUAUUAUUUAUUGCAAUA